AUGACAGUCUUUGCACUUGCACUUGCACUGCCCAUUUGUGUCAGUAACAGCAGUGCUCAGCUUGUGGCCCUCCAAUUCCUGCCCUUUAAUCUCUGGACACUGGGCCAAAGGUUGCCUGGAAGCCCCAGGGAAAGGACAGCCUCUCUUCUCUGGCUUUGCUCCUUAUGUGCCCUGCCUGCCAUGUGACUUCCAACCAGGAUAUGGGGCAGAACAUCAGAAAAACAGUCAUGGAGAGAUGGCAAUCGGACUCUUCCAUCACGUCUUAUCCAUAGACUUGACCAUAUUGUGAUGACAGUGAAGAGUAUCAAAGAAACUACAAUGUUUUAUUCCAAGAUACUGGGUUUACAGGUUGUGACUUUCAAGAGUAACACGGCUUCUGAUGUCCCCAUUGAGGAAGGUCCAGUGACCAGAACGGGAGCAAGGGGACCCAUUAUGUCCAUCUAUUUCAGAGAUCCAAUGUCCAUCUAUUUCAGAGAUCGUGACAGAAACCUGGUUGAGGUAUCCAACUAUAUCUCCUCAUAA